GCAUGAAAUAUGUAAAUUCGUUAAUUCUAUUACUCUUUCUUGAUAUCUUCAAUUCAAUAUAAAAUGCAUCAUGAAUUAUAUCAGAUAGGAUGAAUAAACAUUGAAGAAUUCGUUUUUUUUUUAGAUAUGGAAUUGUAUAAAAUUAUAUAAUAUAUGAAAAUUUCUUCCAUAGUAAUCGCGCUUUUCUUUGCGGUACGACUAAACAAGGCCAAACUUCCGGAGUGGGUCGACUGGAUCCUUACCGCAUAUGUGGUAUUCUACGUUCUGACUCACCUCAUUUUAACAUUCCUUGGUUGCGUCUCUGACAAACAAGCCAGUCAGAGAGUGAAUUCAUUUCCGAUGAAAGACAUGCAUUCUCGCGGAUCAAUGGUGCAUCCAGAUGCGAGGCGAGACGCUCCUUACUCUGGCAUGCGCAAGUUCAUUUUCGGUGUGUACUUUGUGGUUAUCGUCGCGUUCGCCACGACCCUCAUAGUGAUCACCGUGUUGGCACCUAUCGAGGAAACAUGGGCCACCUUCACCAACACCAUCUCGAAUUACUGAGACCGCUAAUCAACGACCGUGGAAAUAUUCGUCACUGUGCGAUACUACCGCGUGGAAUAUUCCGACCAGAUGGCUCGGAGGCCAUCAUAGUCGUUGCAGCGAUGAUAUAUUCCCUCGACUCGACUUUCUGUAUGCAAAUUAUGCACGAAGAAUGUGUAAAUCCUUCGUGUAAAUCUAUUCGUGUAAAGAUGCAAAUCGCGCCGCGACAGAUGCAUGCGCGAGAACGAGGAGAUUACUGCUGUACUGACGAGUGUUUUUUACGAUUUUUAUAGAUUUCUACGAAGAUUCGUCAAUUUCUAUUUUGAUUAUAUAUCGUAAUUAAAAAAUAGAUUUUUCUCUUUGUAUAUAACAUUCUUAUAAUUUACUUGGAAGAUGUCAAUGCCUCUAAAGUUUACAUACUUUAUUACUAUUAAUAAAUGUUUUGCGAUUACACGCGGAAUAUUUUAUUGUCUAUAUGUCUGCUAAAUUUGAGUACAAUGAUUCUUUUUUCACCAAGAAACUGCCAUUAGAUCCAAUUUAUAGCAUAAUUAUAAGACUAGAAUAGAAAAAGCUCGAAAAAUAAUUGUCUCUUUUCGAGUAUAAAAUAUGCACUCAAAAAAGUGGUAUUGCAACUACAGCAAAAAUUUUCUGGGUGCGCAAAAUUAACUGAGGUACAUAAAUGAUUAGCAAAUA